AUGACUUCAUUGCCUACAAUACCGGCAAAACAUGCUGAUUUUUUGUCUCAUGUGCGAUCACACCCCGAUACUCCAAUUGAGGAGCUGUUGAACCCUUACAACGCAUAUGAUGCUAUUGCCCGAAAGAUCUUUGCCCAAGAACCCUCGCAUUCUAUGGUAAAAGACAACCAUGCCAAUAUUGUCCCCAUCUAUAACACUACUGGCACCACCAAUAUCCAAGUCCGGGCAAGAGAUCUUGCCUCGGAAACACCUGAGACAAAGGAACAAUAUAUCCUUCCAUUGGCGGGAAACAUCCGCAGGCCAGAUGGCUCGUCUGCUGUCGUUCCAACUUUAUCUGAGUUUGAAGAGAAUUUCGCAAUCUUCACAGAGAAUUCACUGAGCGAACUGGACUGGAGCAAUAUCGUUGCCGCUGGAAGUGCGGUGGUUACAUCGGCACUUCCAGUACCAGAGCAGUACCGAGGCUCGAAGCGUGGUCGCCGUGAAUAUUACCAUGACAAGUUCGCACCAGCCUCAGAUGUUGAUCUUUUCCUUUAUGGAUUGUCUGAGGAGGAGGCCAUUGAAAAGAUCAAACACAUCGAGACUAGUAUCCGAAACUCUAUAUUGUAUGAGACAACUACAAUUAGGACGAAGAACACAGUCACAAUUGCCUCACAGUACCCUACUCGUCAUGUACAGAUCGUGCUUCGCAUCUACAAGUCGAUUGCAGAGAUCCUGACUGGCUUUGACGUCGAUUGCUCAUGCGCAGCUUACGAUGGGAAACAGGUUUACGCGUCUCCACGAGCUAUUGCAUCCUAUAUCACUCAAAUCAACCGAAUUGAUCUCUCUCGGCGGUCUCCCUCAUACGAGAACCGAUUGUCUAAGUAUUCUCACCGAGGCUUUGAGGUGUUCUGGCCACAACUUGACCGGUCGAAAGUCGACCCUACCAUCUUUGAAAGAAGCUUUGCGCGAACUGAGGGACUUGCACGUCUUUUAGUCCUAGAAAAACUCCCGAAGACGACCGACAGGGAGCAGUACCUCGAAAAAAGGCGACACGAGCGUGGUCGACCGCCCCUUAGCUUGUAUUUGCAACGGCGCCAGGGUAGAGAGUUAAAGGGCAACGUCAAAGAUGACUGGGAGGAUGAAUAUUAUAUCACCCCCUCUUUCCUCUACUUUGUCACUUACCACAGUGGCCAGACAAUUCCAUACGGUCGGAGAUUCAACGCGAAGAAUAUUGAAAAGCUUCUUUAUACAAAGGACCUGCUGUUGAACGCCCAGUGGAACCUGCCUAAAGACCGUACUGUGAACCUCCACAGGCAUCCUGCAUUUUUCGGAGACGCAGAGCAUGUUAUUGGGGAUUGCUGUGGCUGCUGUCCUGUGCCUACUACCGACGAGGAGUUCGAGGUAGCUGCAGAGGAGGGCAAUAUCUACAUCUCUGGUGAUUUAACAUUCAUCAAAGAUGACCCUGGUCGUCAGGAGAUUGGAAGUUUCAACCCUAUCACCGAAACAGAUUGGACAGAAAUGGCGUAUAUUGGCCAUACUGAGCGACUCUGCCAGGCAAUUGUUUCCAGCGAUUUAGAAGCUGUGAAGGGGUUUUUGUCGGACGAAAACUCAAAUCCCGAUCGUCGUGACUAUACUGGACGCACACCGCUUCAAUUGGCCUGCAUGUCUUCUAAUCCCGAGAUAGUCCAAUGUCUUGUGGACAAGGGAGCUCGAUUGAUUGCUCGUAUGGCUGACGGAAAGACGGCGCUGCACCUGGCAGCUUUUCGCGGCAGUGUUGAGAUAAUUCGCAUUCUUCUCACAAAAAGCAACGAAAAUGAAGAGGAAGAGGCUAAGAAGCAAGAGCUUCGUACAAAAUGCAAGAAAAGAAAAGCCAACACUCUUGAGUCCACUGGAGAUGAAGAAGACAUUGAAAUGCGAGAUGCAGACGAUGCUUCCCGUACAUCUGCUUCCUUCAUUAAGAUCGGUGAAGAUGGCGAGGAAGAGGCCACUGGGCCAACCUUUGAUACCAUCGAGGAGAAUGAGCUUGACCCGGAUAUCUACGAUAUCAACACCACUGCAUGGGACAGCCUUGCAACACCUCUCCACCUGGCAAUUUUGAGCGGUCACACCGAAGUCGUCAAAGAACUCGUGUCAUCUUUCGGAGCUGAUGUCCUAAUGCCAGUGAAGAUAGUCAAUGAGUAUAACAGAUCGCCAGAAGCUGCAGUUCUCAACUUGGUCCUGGUACUGUCUCUUCCUCUGCAAAAGGCCAGAGAGAUGUCGCAGGCACUUCUCCAACUUGGAGCAUCUCCUGCACAAGCAGAUCUUUCUCAUUGUACACCUCUGCACUAUAUUGCACAGUCGGAUUAUAUUGAGCUUUUUGACUUAUACAUGGAGCAUGAUGGUCCCGCCAUGCAGCGAUCAAUCAAUCAUUUGGCCAUGAAAAAUAGAGGGUGGAACACUGCUUUCUACUCGGCUUUGAUGAGUUCCAUCGCAGCUAAAAAUGCCCCAGCGGCAAACAAGUUGCUUGAUAUGGGCGCAAAUUCCAAGAUUGAGUUCAUUGACUGGAUGAGCACACUAAAAUCUCAAAUGUCGGGAUUUAUGCUCGAAAAUACCACCAAACAGCUCCAAGACGGUGUUUUACAGCCGAUCUACUAUGCAGCGGAAAAUGGGUUGCCUUUGAUUGCCAUCGAAUUGCUUCGUCGUGGCGCUGAUCAUGAUUCCUCUGCCAAAGAUUCAUACAACACCAAUGGCCAGACGGUCUUGGAUCAAGUGCGGGGGAACCUUAAAAAUAUGAGAUCGCAUCUGGAUGGGCUGGUAGAACAUAGUGGAGGCGCGAGUUGUGCUUGUCAUCCUCCUAGGAGGAGUCCUAUUCUUUUUGUGAAGUCUGACGAGGAAUACAUAGCAGGCACACCUCCGGAUUCUUACACCAGAUACAUCACCAAGGUCCAGUUGAAACGCGCGCACGAUGAGAACAAGGCGCGCCAGCCAAAAAUUAAAGAGCCAGAGCCCGAGGAGCCCGGUCAAAAGGAAAAGACCGAAGUCAUCAAAAGGUUGAUCCAAGAAUACGAGCUCCUUGAGACAGAACUGCUCGCACGAAAUGCAAAGACCUGGCAACAGCUUCAUCCACCUUCUCAUCCACUAAUCCAGCAGGUCAAUCAUCAACAGCAACCUAAGGAGGAAAGAGUUAAUUACUUCAAAACUACGUUCAACUUCAAAAUGCCUGUUCUGACAGGCGUGGUACGCGAGGGAUAUCGCCAACUAUUUGAUGCGGCAUGGAGAGGAGAUACCCAGACCAUUAAGGCGUUGACUCUGGCUAAAUGGGGCCCUUUGCAAAACGAGCUACCGCUUGAAAUCGCAGUGACGGCGAAUUCCGGAAUAUCUUGCCUUUCCAUAGCUAUCACGCAGGGACAUUUUAGCGUUGCAGAAGCCAUCAUUGAGAUUCUUCAUGCUCAAUACAAACGUAAAGAGCCUCGCGGCCAGACGAGAUUCGAGCUUGACUCAGAUGCUGAUUCAAAUGAUGGGGACGACGGAGACGAUCUUAACAUCACCAGCCACAUUGUUGAUGACCAAUUCACCCAUGAAAAUAUUGGGGAGAUCAGAACUAUGGUUGAAAGUGACGUGACGCCUCUUGCUGCACUAUGUGCGUCUUGCAAUGCUUCUGCCUUUCUCGAGGGACCUGCAUCGGAGCUCGAAUUUGGUGAAUUCCAGAACGCUGGGUGGAAUUCUUAUAACCUGAAGGUUAACACACUCCUUGAAUAUGCUGUUUUCAAGAAUGACACUACUCUGGUGGAGUCCAUUCUGAGACUUCAGCAACAAUGUUCAAAGAAUCAUCCAAAUGGCGAAGUGCCAUUCUCAAUUUCCCGCAGGCCUUUCCAGCUGGCUAUGGCCUUGGGACACAUUGAAUGCCUUGUCAAAAUGAUUCAGAGCGGUGCAGCGGGUCUUCCUAUUCCUUGGCUAAGUGAAAAGCACGGUGCCAAACCUCAAGAGGAGCACCUGUACUACCCAGGCUUAUCAAUCCGUGGCAAGAAGCGGAAGGACUGGGCUACCGCUGGACAAUCACCAGCCCCCUCCGCACAAGGCGAACGUCCACCCCUGCUACUUGCGGCUGCUCAGGGAAAUCUGACGGCGACAGAGUGGUUCCUGGGAACCGCACCGGCAAGACACUAUAUGGAGUAUAUCAACGCACACCUGGACGACAAGGAUAUCCAGCGACUAGGAGAAUCCAAGCUGGGACUUGAGGGAACAGUUCUCAACUGGUUGCAGACAAGAAAUAAUCUUGUCCUUCACUGUGCAGUGAUGGCGCGACCAUGCGAAGAGUCCGAGCGUCUAGUGCAAUAUUUGGUCAACCACCACCCUGAAUGUUUAGAGGCUCGCUCAGCCUCAGGUCACACGCCCCUCUCGCUAACAUUCGCUCGCGGUGAUGUCAACUACGCGCGAAUCUUGAUCAACGGAGGAGCAAACCAGACAGUUCGUGAUCCCCAGGGUCGAAAUUUGCUUCAUUUCAUCUUUGUCACAGACACGGGUGGCGUGUGCAUCAAAGCCGAAGAGGCCCGUCCAUUGAUAGAUCUCCUCGACAAAAACCUUAUACCAUCGAUGCUCUUGCAACGCGCCGGCGAUGAAUCCAUGACCCCCCUCGCCUCAUGGCUGCAUCAUAACGCCCAAUGGGACAAAAAGAGGUCUAAGGUUUUCCAACUUUUACUAGAUCUCGGAGCAUCCAGCAAUCAAAAGCAGUUGGAGCUCCUUUCGGGCUCUGGAAAUAGCCCUGUACAUGACACAGUCAAGAAACAAUGCCCUGGCGCGUUGAGGCUCAUUCUUGACAGUCGACCUGAUUUGCUAUACCGCGAGAAUGCAACUGGCAAUACCCCGAUAGAUAGGAUUGUCGAUUUGUGGAUUAACCAGAAUACUCGCCAGGCCCCCAAGCGAGCCUUUGAUGGCAACAGUGGAAAUUAUGGUAAUACAUGGAAUAACACAAUCAACAGGCCGCCUCGUGAAUUCCUCGAGUCUUAUGAUUCCAGGACUGAUGUUGACAUUAUGUACAAAAUCUGUCAGGACCAGGCCCAGUCACAACCUGGAAAGAGAAAGUUGGUUAGCUUGUUUGAAGCCAAUGAGGUCGCGAAAAGACUAGCUACGACGAAGUGUGGAUCACGUGGCACAUACUAUCGUCGUCGCCGUCGCCAUCACUGGGGCAAUGAUGCAGAAUAUGAUAAUAUUGACGAAGUGGAUACGUGGGGAAAUCGGAUUUGGUGA